UGUUUCUCUGGUGCAAUUUCCCCUUUCGAUCGGUCGUUUCGGUGCAGGGCUCCGCCGGCUCGCGCCCCCCUCCCCGGGCGCCCCGCCGCCCCACUGCCCCCUCUUGGCCUGGCCCUCCGCCGCGUCGACCCGGCUCCUCCAGCUCUCCACCCCGCCCCCCGUGUUUUAUCCGGGGCGCCGCCGUCUCACCUGGUAUUUGCAUCUCGCCCUCCAACUUGCCUUUGGCGGCGCGACGUGUGGGAGAGCCCUGCGCCUCGCCCGCCCGGACCAGCCUGCCCCGGCGCCGAGGUCCCGGCGCCACUUGCCCAGCCCGGCUUCCAGAGGGAGAAGGCGAGCUGGCCGGGCUGGGGACCGGCGAUUCGGCCGCUGGAGCGGGGAGGGGACCGCGGCGACCGAGCCUGGCCCGUAAGCCACCCGGCCCCCAGGUUGCUCCUGCCAUUGGCCCAGCCCAGCAUGCAGCCUUGAGCCUGGCUUAGGCUCCCACCUACCCCAGCUCUCUACAUUCCCAGUUUUCCUGCAGCUCAGGGUGUUGGCUCUAGGCUCUGAGGGACCUGAGCAGCUUCUCAUCCUCAGGAAAAGUCCACAGCUCCAGAGGGCCUGGCAAUUCCUGCUGUCAGCUCCCUGAGGACACAGUAUGGCUAUUACCCUGCAGCCCAGUGACCUGAUCUUUGAGUUUGCAAGCAACGGGAUGGAUGAUAUCCACCAGCUGGAAGACCCCUCGGUGUUCCCAGCUGUGAUCGUGGAGCAGGUACCCUACCCCGAAUUACUGCAUCUGUACUCAGGACUGGAGCUGGACGACGUUCACAAUGGCAUUAUAACGGAUGGGACCUUGUGCAUGACGGAGGAUAAAAUCCUGGAAGGCAGAUUUUUGCUGGCAGAUGACAAUGAGGUAACCUCGCACACCAUGUCAUCCACCGAAGUCUUGCUCAAUGUGGAGUCUCCCAACAACAUCCUGGAUGAGAAGCAGAUCUUCAGCACCUCCGAAACGCCUCCAGACUCAGACCCUGCUCCAGCUGUCACUCUGCCCAACUACCUGUUUCCUGUCUCUGAGGCCAAUGCCCUGAACAGGCAGGGCGACACUGGUGGCCAGGAGGGGCACUCUCUGGAGGAGAAGGUCUCCAGAGAGGAAAGUGCCAAGAAGACUGGGAAAAUAAAGAAGAGAAUCCGGAAGACAAAGGGCAACCGAAGUACCUCACCUGUCACUGACCCCAGCAUCCCCAUUCGGAAAAAAUCUAAGGAUGGCAAAGGCAGCACCAUCUACCUAUGGGAGUUCCUCCUGGCCCUUCUGCAAGACAGAAACACCUGUCCCAAGUACAUCAAGUGGACCCAGCGUGAGAAAGGCAUCUUCAAGCUGGUGGACUCCAAAGCUGUGUCCAAGCUGUGGGGGAAACAGAAAAACAAGCCUGACAUGAACUAUGAGACAAUGGGGCGGGCACUGAGAUAUUACUACCAAAGAGGCAUCCUUGCCAAAGUGGAAGGGCAGAGGCUGGUGUACCAGUUUAAGGAGAUGCCCAAGGAUCUGGUGGUAAUUGAAGAUGAGGAUGAGAGAAGCGAAGCCACUGCAGCAUCUCCUCAGGCCUCCACCUCCUCAACUUCCUCCAUCGCCUCCACCCGCCGAGCCAGCUCCAGGGUCUCGUCCAGAGCUGCCACCCAAGGCAAAGGCAGCUCUUCCUGGGAGAAGCCAAAGAUUCAGCAUGUUGGUCUACAGCCAUCUGCAAGUUUGGAAUUGGGACUGUCUCUAGAUGAGACCCCCACUACUUCUGCUGUGCUUGUCUCUCCACCAGAGAGCCAAGUCAAACUCACCAAAGCCAUGAGUACUCCUUCAGUGCCCAGCAACAUCCACCUAGGAGUGGCCCCUGUGGGGUCGGGCUCGGCCUUGACCCUGCAGACAAUCCCGCUGACCACGGUGCUGACCAACAGGCCUCCUGCCAGUACUACUGCUUCAACCCAGCUUGUUCUCCAGAGCGUUCCACCUGCUUCGACCUUCAAGGACACCUUCACCUUGCAGGCCUCCUUCCCCCUGAACACCAGUUUCCAAGAGGGCCAGGGGGCAGCACCAGGGGCUCCGCUGAUUCUCAGUGGCUUGCCCCAACUUCUGGCUGGGGCCAACCGUCCAGCCAAUCCAGCACUGCCCUCGGUCACGGGCGCUGGACCAGCAGGGCCCAGCUCUCAGCCCCCCGGGACUGUCAUUGCUGCUUUCAUCCGGACUUCCGGCGCCACAGCCACCCCUGGGGUCAAGGAGGGGCCACUCAGGUCCUCCUCCUAUGUGCAGGGCAUGGUGACUGGGGCCCCCAUGGAGGGGCUGCUAGUUCCUGAAGAGACCCUGAGGGAGCUCCUGAGAGAUCAGGCUCAUCUUCAGCCACUUCCAACCCAGGUGGUUUCAAAGGGUUCCCAGAAUCAGAGCCUUAUGGGGAACCAGACUUUCUCUCCACCCAGCCGCCCCACUGUUGGGCUGACCCCAGUGGCUGAACUUGAGCUCUCCUCAGGCUCAGGGUCCCUGCUUAUGGCUGAGCCUAGCGUGACCACAUCCGGGAGCCUGCUGACCAGAUCCCCAACUCCAGCCCCCUUUUCUCCAUUCAACCCAACUUCCCUCAUUAAGAUGGAGCCCCAUGACAUAUAGACGAAGGGGUCAGGGAGAGUGUGAUCCAUCAGGCAAAGUUGAGUACCACUUUGAUAUGGACUUCCUGUAGUAGAGACUGACUUGAGUACCCCGCCCUUAAAUCUCAGGUGGUUGUCAAAGCACCUGACCCCCAGCCUCCGCCCCCUGCCAAGCAUCACCAUGGCCAAGCUCUGCCCAGUCUGACCAUCCCUAGUGUCAGACCAUGGCCUUCAAGAGCACCUGGAGAUACGCUCUUGUCAGGACAAAUGGGCUGACUUGGUGAGCGAGGGCAAAUCUCCGGAGAAGUUUGUGGCCAGGGGGAGGUUUGUGGCCAGGGCUGGUGCAGGGGCUUAGUGAGAAGAGUCCUUUUGCCUGGCUGUGUCUCACUAUGUACAUUCCCUACACAGGGAAUUCGCUAUCCCACAUGUGAAUAUCUCUGUAUGUAUUUGUGUGUAUUUGUGGGUUUCUUUCUUAGUUUCUUCAUGGAGAACGGGGUGUAGCUGUGAGGUCUUCAAGGGUGUGUCUCUCCGCGGGUCAGCCACAGAGAUGGGCGUUUAUUUUUCAAGGGAAAGCAUUAUCGAAUUUCCUUUGUACAAGCCAAGAUUCAGUUGCUCUGAGACUAUAGGGUUGGAUCCCCAAAUCUGGAGAGAUAUCACAGAGCUGGAACCGGUACAGGGUAAGAGAGGUUUCAUGAGAGUGUUUGUUGAGGACACAGAGAAAGCUGAGUGGGAUAAAAUCAUGAAGAGAGAGGAAGGGACUCAGUCCUUGGCAGCAACCCCCACAGGCUAGACUGAAGUACUCUUCCUGGAGUUUGCCUCAUCGCCCACCACUGUCACCAUGCCAACAGGCUGGAAGCUUGGCCACCCCAGAGUGCUUUGCUGAAGGGUUUAGGCAGGGGCCAAGUGCCGUUCAAGAGUCAGACCCAGCCACAAAAAGUCCCCAACCAGGGCUGAAUUCACUAAUUGCUUGUGCCUAGGACUUGGGCUCUUUCUGUAGCACCGGCCCUAUGCAGGACUUAGAUCCUUCACUGGCACUCUGGCCUCCAUCCCUGGUCCUGGGUUCCCUCUCAAUGUAUCCCCCUUGCCCCUGAUGUUUUCCAGCUGUUAAGUGUUGCUGGGGAUAAUCGUGUAAUGGGGCCACCUCCAUUCCUGCUCUCUCAUGAGUGCUACACCGUCCCUCUGCUCGUCUCCUAGGUGUGCUAACCCACUCCCACAGUGGCAACAGCAGACCUUGAGUGAUGGCAGACCUUGCCCUUCACUUCCAACUUUCGCACCUCACUCCCAUUCCCCCUACACCAAAAAGACAGGAGCCAUCAGUCGUGUGCUCCCAUGGGGCCUCUCCUGUCUACACUGCUCCUUGCUUCUCCCUUUCCUCUUUCUGAGAAGGGUUAACCCAUUCUCUAUUAAAGUCAACCCCGUGGCCUAGCACCUGGGUCCCCUCUCCUCACCCCUCUCUGAAUUAGCCUGUCCCUCUCCUGCCUAGUGUCUUCGCCUGGCAAGGCUACGAAGUCAGCCUCGGAACACAUCUUCCUGGUGAAUUUGGUUAGUGUGAAUUAGCACCUCAGGACCUUUGCUAUGUCCUCGGUGUAAAACCAUUCACUUGACCCAACUACCUCCCCUGGUUGCUCUCUUUUUCUCCCUCCAGUCGCUGCCAUGUCAACUAUUGUCCUCUCCCAUUCUCUUCUUUUCCACCCUGCCUCCAACUCGGGAGGGAACUAGAUACGGUUGUGUAAGUACAUUUACUACACAUUUCUAGCAGUUGGCAUUAAAGUGUCUUUUUCUAAUAAAAUCAGUUCAUUAUGACAA